AUGGAGGAGGCUCACAGUGAAGAAGAGGAGCAUUCUGGGAAAGUUAGUCCCAACGCCUUCCAGCCCUCCACAGCCAAUCAGGAUAAAGACGUGGACUCCCAGAGGGAGCUUCACCCUGGGCCAUUGUUGCUCAGCCGAGACAUCAACAAAUACUGCAAGUUCCUCUGGAAGAAUUCAAGCACCGUCAACUACAACAGCUUCCUGCUCACGCAGCCUAACGUGUUGGCGUACGCCGUCCACUGUCAGACAGACCCCUGGGGACGACCUGUUGCUGGGGUGGUGGUCCUCUGCAGGGACGGACUAACAGGAGACACAUACGACCACCGGACUACCGUACAGACGGUGAUUCAUGAGUUGUUUCACGCUCUUGGUUUCUCUAAAGAUCUCUUCAGCACCUGGCGAGAUUGUUCAUCGUCCUAUCAAGGAGGAGCUCCGUGUUCUCCUCGAGGUAAAGUGAUUCAUUCAGAUGAGUCAGGACAGGUGAGGGUUUACACUCCAUCCAUCAUCUCAGCGCUACAAAAACACCUGGUGUCCACUGAUCCAGAACUCGGGGGGCCUCUGGAGAACUUGGAUGGAUCCGCAGGCAGAGGAUCCUCUCACUGGGAGUCCCGCGUCCUGCAGGGGUCCAUCAUGACGGCGGUGCUGGGAGAUCCGACCACAGUCCGGAUCGACCCGGUCACCUUGGCUGCCCUGCAGGACACAGGAUGGUACAGAGUCAACCAGAGCCGGGCACAGAGUCUGGUCUGGGGAGACAGUGGAGGAGCGUCAUUCGGCUCUCUGUCGACCUGCAAACACAACUCCUCGACAUUUUUCUGCACUGGCAGUGGAGUUGGAUGUCAUUUCCUUCACCUCCACAAGGGGGCGUGUCAGACUGAUCCAUACCUGGAGGGCUGUCGGGUCUAUAAACCCAUUCAGAACCAAAGCAAAUGUUGGAGAAAGGAAACGAUCAGACAGUCAGACGAAGAAAGCGGAGAAGUUUUUGGCUUCGACAGCCGCUGCUUCUUCUCCAGCCUGACCAGACAGAGGCAUUUCAGAGGAUUUGGCAGUACAUCCAACCGCAGACCACGUGUAACCACACCAACCCAGGACUUCCACAUCCGGCAUCUCCACCCCCAGCUGUCACGGUCAGCGGCCCCCGCUGCCCCCCCAUCUGCCUAA